AUGGAUUGGUCGCAACCGCUUCCCAUCAUCAAGGCCCUGGCGCCCAAGGUCCCAAUGAUAGGCAAGACGGCCCUGAUGCACUCUCUCGGCCUGUCUGAGACGUCGAAAUACUGGGACCUCCGCACCGCAGUCACCAUCAACGUCAUCCGCUCCUUCGUCUUCACCCCCGAGCCCACCUCCGUCGGAAAAUCCCAGCACCUCUCCCUCCGCGACCCCGGCGUAAAAGGCAAGGUCUGGAUCGCCAAUGUCUCCCUCCCCUUCACCCCCGACGACGACGACGUCCGCCAAGCCAUCUUCGGCGCCAUCGACCACCUCGCCGGCGCCCCCCAGGGCGACCUCUACAGCGCCCCCGAACUGGCCGAGAUAACCGCAGAAUGGACAGGGUACCGCGCCGGUGCGACCUCCUCCACUCCUCCCCUCGACGCUUCAGACGCCGACAAGUACGCCGCCAUGAUGAAAGAAGUCGUCUCCCCAACCACAAUCCUCUACCUCCACGGCGGCGCAUACUAUCUUAUGGACCCCGCCACGCACCGCCCCACCACCGCCCGCCUCGCCAAACACACAACCGGCCGCGUCCUCUCCAUUCGCUACCGUCUUGCGCCCCAACACCCUUUUCCCGCGCCCCUAAUCGACGCCCUAGUCGCCUACCUCACCCUCCUCUACCCACCCCCCGGCGCCCUCCACACCGCCGUCGCGCCAGAGCACAUCGUCCUCUCUGGCGACUCCGCGGGCGGAAACCUCGCCACCUCGCUCCUCAUCCUGCUACUCACCUUGCAGCGCCAGUCGCGCACUGUGCUCUGGGGGGGUCUCCCUCGCACUGUUCCGCUGCCGGCGGGGACGGCGCUGGUGAGUCCGUGGAUGGAUAUCACGGGGUCGUCGCCCAGUUGUGCAGAUUACGCGCAUUUUGACUAUCUCCCUGGUCGCACCGCGUACGAGAAUGGGAUGGAAUACGCACCGGAUGCGAUGUGGCCCGUUACACCCGCACGGACGGCGCUUCAUGUUGAUGAUGCGCUGCUGUUGCAUCCGCUUGUGUCGCCGUUGGCUGCGAAGGGGGAGCUGUGGACGGGGGCGCCGCCGGUGUGGAUGGUGACGGGGUGGGAGUUGUUGAGUGAUGAGGAUAGGGCGGUGGCGGGUCGGAUGGCGGGGGCGGGGGUGAGGGUGAGGUAUUUGGAGUUUGAGGCUAUGCCGCAUUGUUUUGCGAUGGUGGUGGAGGGGAGUGCGGGGGCGAGGAAGUGUAUUAGGGAGUGGGCGUGGUGGAUGAAGAUGGUAGUUGAGGCGCCGGGGAGUGUGGGGGUGGGGGGGACGGUGGUGGGGUUUAAGAAUUUGGAGGAGAGGGGGGUGGAUGUUAAGGGGUUGGAUGAGGGGUGGGAGGUUACGAUGGGGAGGAUGAAGGAGAGGGUUAAGAAGAAUGAGGAGAGGAAGGGGGCGAUGGCGAAAUUGUAGGUUAGUGGUGGGCUUUGAUACAUAGAUUCGUUUUCAUGACAUAGUGACGGAUAUACCACUUGCAGGGCAAAGGGAUGAUAGAUAAAAUGGAGAGGAAAUGUAACAUCAUAUCUAAGACCCGUACAUAUUGGAUAUCCGUACUGAGCACCUCUCUCACAAAAUACA